UCAUUCAUUCGAGCACAAUUACUUUUAUUUACACUUCGAUUGUACCGCCCCAUUAAAUAUGCUUUGUGGCAGCUUUGACUCGAUCGCCGUUCGUAACCGUAUCCAUUCAAGAAUGGUAAUUUUCACCACGCCGCUCGCUACGACCACUGCAAUGGUGAUCAACAAACCUUUGAACUAAUACUCAUGUUCAUAUUUAUUCCGUUUGUUUUAUUUUAAAUUCAAUAUCAACUAAAUUGAUUCCCAAGGCCGAGGAUUGCCGUAUUGAUAUACUAUAGCUGUUCAUUCAUGAGCAUACAAGGUUCAAAGUCCGUACGUAUCACUCACUGACAUGGCGGUCUCUAAAGAUACCCCAAAAGGCACAGAAAAUACGUCAGCAAGCCAGAAGACUUAUGAAUUCGAUGAUCUGUUGGAACUAGUCGGAGGGUUUGGACGCUACACGGCAUUUCUGUACGCCUUCAUGUGUAUGCUCUCUGUUCCAACAGGAGCCCAGAAUCUCAUUCAAGUGUUCUAUGGUGCUACACCAGACUUCCAAUGUGUGCAGCACCUAUCAAGAGAUAAUAAUACAUGUGGGCUGAAUCAGUGUUGUUUAAACUGUUCUGGUUAUCAAUUUAGAGAUACGUUUACCAGUGCUGUCACCGAGUGGAAUCUUGUUUGUGAUCGAUCGCAUCUCAAAGCCAUGACACAAGCCGUCUACAUGGCUGGUCUACUGGUUGGAUCAGUGGCCUUCAGUAUUAUCUCGGAUAAAUUCGGACGACGGAUCUCCGUGUUCGUCAGCAUCUUGCUCUUGUUUGUUUGUGGAAUUUCGUCAGGCUUUGCUGACUGCUUGUCCCUAUUCACUCUCCUUCGUUUCUUCGCCGGCAUGGCCAACGCAGGAUGUCUACUGGCUCGAUACGUCUACUGCAUGGAACUGGUCACCACCAAACACAGGACAGCGGCGGGCUUCCUGUGUAACAUAUUUGUUAGUCUAGGUUUCACGACUCUUUCUUUGUUAGCUUAUCUCAUCCGUGAUUGGAGAUACUUGAUGCUUGCUGUAACACUACCCGCCGCUCCGCUGGUCUUUUUCUGGAGGUUUAUCCCAGAGUCUCCACGCUGGUUGAUUGCCAAUAACCGCUUCAAAGAAGCCCAUGACAUUCUACAACAUUUUGCGGUGAAGAACGGCGUUCCCUUGGAUUACGAUCACUUGGGCUACGUGAUACGAGAGGCAAAGAGAUCCGAGCUCCAGAAGGAAAUCCAGAAGAAGCCUGGACUUCUUGACUUGGUGAAGACUACUAAACUGCGUAGAAGAACCAUCAUUUGUACUUUUAAUUGGUUUGUCAAUGCUGUUGUAUUCUUCGGUAUUAACCUGAACGUUAAAAACCUUGGCGGUGAUUUGUACCUGAACUUCUUCAUCCUGUGCAUCAUUGAGCUUCCUGGAGCAUUAAUGUGCUGGUACUUACUUGGACGAUUUGGUCGUCGUCUUCCUUAUUGUUCGUUUGAAAUCAUUGGCGGAGUGGCAUGCAUGCUAGUCCUUGCUUUCCCCACUACUGAAGCUUAUCGUCCAGUCAUCACUACCUUAGCAAUGAUUGGUAGAUUAUGUGUGGGUAACAACUUCAUGGCAGUGUAUGUUUUCACUGUAGAGCUUUAUCCUACAGUUAUAAGAAAUGUUGGUCUUGGUGUUGCAUCAAUGAUGGCUCGAGCUGGAGGAAUCUUGGCUCCAUAUUUUGUCUUACUUGCCGAUCUACCGCAAAUCGAUCGAACUUUGCCACUGGUCAUCUUUGGGGUCUUGGGUAUAGCUGCAGGAUUGGUUGCAUUGUGGUUACCAGAAACACUCUUCAGUCCUAUGCCGCAAACACUAGAGCAAGUAGAAACAUGGCCAGAGGAUUAUAAGAUAUAUUGCUGCCAAAGCCUUCAACAGCGUAUGAAGCACUCAAAUAAUGACCAGGAUGGGGAAGCUGAAUUAUCGAUGCUGCAUGAUGCAUAGGAUGAAGGAUAAAUACCGAAAAAGCGUAGAAGCCUCUUUAUAUCAUUUUUUCAUAUCAACCUCAAGUUCGUGUGUCGCUUUCUUUCUACGAACAUAUAUAUAUACGUGAAUAGGCCAUUCUCAAUAGCACUAUGCUUUAGGAGCAGGCGUAGCUCAGUUGGUUAGUGCGCGACCUUCAGAGCUUGAGGUCCACGGUUCGAUCCUCAGGAUUCUCCACGUCUGUUUCGACUUCUCUCUAAUCAGUGUAGCUUCAGCUUUAAAUACUCUUAAAACAGAGCACUGAUGGAGAGAGGGGGUAAAGUGCGCACCGUCGGCUUCCAUUGAUAGCAGUUGAAUUUCAACUGAAGGAAGUACCGAUGUUAAAUAUAGGUGCUUUACCUUUUAACGAUAUCGUCGUCCAAUCUUUAAAUAACAUUUCAUAGGCAUGUACCUGUGCCAUUUGCUUUUUGUUGUAACGUAGUUUGAUUGACGUCCACUAAUCUCUAUUUCGUCGCGACUGUAAAUUCGAUUCUGCGCGUACCGUUGAGAACGCUAUUUAGCUAGUGGGGUGGCUUAAAGACAAUUUCUGGCCAUUACAGACUGGAAGAAUACAUGAAUAUAGAAAGGGUACCACGAUAUCUUGUGUCAGGAGGAUAUUUGCUGAAUGGUAAUAGGUUGGGCAUGCUAUGGACAAUAUAUAUACACCUAUCUUAUAUUUUGUAAACAACAUCCCAUCCCUACCCGUCCAAAAUCAAUAAACCCACCCCCUCCGGCCUCCUGAUAUGAAAAUGCGCUAAAACCACCUUUUAAAUUUGUUUCAAGUGACAUAUAAGGAAACCCGUGCGCCAAUUUAGUUGGUGCUUUCUUACGAAUUGUAAGAAUGAUUAUUAUAAAAUAGCUUUAAUAAAUGCCAAACCCCCGCGUGCUUUGUAACUGCACACAGCCCGCGCACCCGUUUUCUAUUUCUUCAAUAUUUCUAUUUAUUGAAUUUCAUACA